GGCAGGAAAUGGACGGCGUUUAAAAGCCAACGGUCUUUUGAAACUUCCUUCUCAGUCCAUUUAAAUCACUCAUUUGAGGUGUUCGCUGCUUCGUAACGUGCUUUCCUCGGAAUUCCACGUCGAAGAUUUGUGCAACGUAUAUUUAACGCCGAAGCUGGUGAAGCACUCUUCUACGAAGAGCAACGCGAGGCUGCACGCAUUUCGAUUAUGUCACACCUAAGAUUUAUGAAGGAACUCAACAAUCUGACUAGAAUGGACGAAGCUAUCAAGGGUCCUAUACCGCGAUGGCAGAAAAAAUGCAUGGAGACAUCGAACUUGAGUAUCAAUCUUAGUUUGAACUCGUCAAAGAAUGUUAAGAGCAGUUCCUUUACAAGUAGUGCAUCAGGAAAAACUCCGACGAAGAGGAACGAUAGCAAAAGCAAGAAAACUCCCUCUAAAGGCACAAAGAAAUCUCCAAGUCGUGUCACUCCAGCUAAAACUCCCAAUGGCGGUGAUAGAUUUAUACCGUCAAGAUCCACAACCAAUUUCGAAUUGAGCCAUUUUAAGAUUCUUCAACACAAUGCAGAACAGAAUGGAGAUAAAACAAACUUUGAUUCUUCGAAACAAGAGAUGCAGCGUCUCAUAGGAGAGAAUCUUAAUGUUGGUGACAUCAAUAAUGCAAGAAUUUUAUCUUAUCAGGUGAAAGCACCAGCGCCGCCAGAAGGAUAUCAAAAUCCUCUCAAAGUUUUGUACAGUCAAACUAAAACACCAGCUAGUGUUAGAGCUUCUACAAGAUAUAUACCACAAGCUGCUGACAGGAUAUUGGAUGCGCCAGAAAUCAUUGACGAUUAUUAUUUAAACUUGGUGGAUUGGUGUAGCAGUAAUAUAUUGGCUGUAGCAUUGGGUUCCAAUGUAUACUUAUGGAACGCUGAGACUGGAACAAUAGAACAAUUAUUCGAAUUGGACACGAAUGACUAUGUAUGCUCCGUUGCAUGGGUUGAAGAAGGUCCAUAUCUAGCAAUUGGCACCACAGCAGGAAAUACAGAACUAUGGGACUGUAAUGAAAUGAGGAGAAUGCGCACUAUGGAUGGACACGCGUCCAGAGUCGGUUCUCUUGCCUGGAACUCUCAUAUAUUAUCAAGUGGAAGCAGAUCAGGUAAAAUAGUACAUCAUGAUGUCAGACAACGGGAUCAUUUGAUCUCGACUAUAAACGCACACGCUCAGGAAGUAUGUGGCUUAAAAUGGUCACCCGAUGGACAGUAUUUGGCCAGCGGUGGCAACGAUAACAUGCUGCAAAUCUGGCCGUCGAUCAACAGUCGAAAUAAUUCUCAAUCUAUUUAUUCGUUUAAUCAACAUCAAGCUGCUGUAAAAGCGCUUGCUUGGUGCCCCUGGCAAACCAACAUACUCGCAAGCGGUGGCGGUACUGCUGAUCGGAGAAUUAGAUUUUGGAAUAUCUACACAGGUACUUGUUUAAAUACAAUAGAUACAAAAUCUCAGGUUUGUGCUCUAUUGUGGUCUACAAAUUACAAAGAGAUCAUCUCAGGCCAUGGAUACGCGCAAAAUCAAUUGACAAUCUGGAAAUAUCCGAUGAUGACGAAAGUCGCAGACCUUAUAGGACACACCAGUCGCGUUUUACACUUAGCCAUGUCUCCGGAUGGAACCACGGUACUUAGCGCAGGUGCCGAUGAAACGUUAAGGCUGUGGAAAUGCUUCCAAAUGGAUCCACAAAAAAAAAAGAAAGAACCUAGUGAGAUAAAAUCGGUCGCAUCUAGACUUAAGCAAUCGAUUCGAUAAAAACGUAUCGCGAAGCGCGCGAUUAUUUUUUCAGUAUUUAUUUUCAAUAACUAAUUGUAUAUGUGCGAUCGCGGAGCAUGUAAUAUAAAAAGAGAUACAUUAACGUUGUUGAACAUUGUCAGAUACAAAAAAAAACAUUUAUAACACAUCAAUUGACUAAUCUGUUUUAUACAGAGACAUAUAGAUUAAUGUUAGCAUUUCAUAUCACGAGAUUCAGGAGAUACCAGCUUACAUUCGGCUAUGUACGAUAAGUGAAAAAAUUAAGUCUAAAUGGAUAUUAUCGAAAUAAAAUACAAAGAAGCUUUGUCAGUGGAUUAAAUCUCCAAAUUGUAUGAUGCAAACAUUUAGGUUUUACACAAGAUAUAAUCUUUAGCUUGAUAAUUAUAAAUAGGAAUAAAUAAAGUUUUUUAUGCAUACUAA